GGGGCAAGACCGACCUGUGAUGGUGGCGACCUUGGAGCCAGGCUUGGCGUGGAUCGAGAUGGCAACGGUGGACGGCGGCACAAGGCUGAGGCAGCCCGGGAACCCUCCGCCACCGCGGCGGCGCCUCCCCCUCGGCCUUGCUUCGCUUCCCCGGAGCCAUCUGGUUCGUCCACGAGGCCUGUUCGACAAUGCGAGUGGGCCCACCUGCAGCCACAGAUUAAUUUCCGGCCCCACCACUAGUAUGCCAAUGUGAUUUGGUGAGCCCAAAAAUACAGCUAAGCGCGCAAGCGGCAACAAUGGCGGCUCUGCAAGCUACGCCGCUCAAAACCCUAGCCUUCUCUCACCGGCGCGCGCCCGCGCGGCCGCGCCCGAUGGCGGCGUCUUUCCUGUGCUCCGACGCGGCGAGGAGCUACAACAUCACGCUCCUCCCUGGAGACGGUAUCGGCCCGGAGGUGGUCGCCGUCGCCAAGGACGUCCUAUCCCUCGCCGGCUCCCUCGAAGGCGUCGAGCUCCGGUUCCAGGAGAAGCUGGUGGGUGGCUCGGCGCUGGAUGCGACCGGCGUGCCGCUCCCCGACGAGACGCUCGCGGCAGCGAGGGAUUCAGACGCCGUCCUUCUCGGCGCCAUAGGAGGGUACAAGUGGGAUAAAAAUGAGAAGCAUCUCAAGCCUGAGACCGGGUUGCUCCAGCUCCGUGCCGGGCUCGGGGUGUUUGCCAAUCUGCGACCAGCUGCAGUGUUGCCGCAGUUAGUAGAUGCAUCUACUCUGAAGAAAGAGAUAGCUGAAGGUGUUGACAUCAUGGUUGUCAGAGAGCUUACUGGAGGAAUAUACUUCGGCAAACCUAGAGGUUUUGGAACAAAUGACAAGGGUGAGGAUACUGGCUUCAAUACAGAAGUUUAUUCAGCUUCUGAGAUUGAUCGUAUUACACGUGUUGCAUUUGAGGUUGCUCGCAAGAGAAGAGGCAAAUUGUGCUCGGUUGACAAAGCAAAUGUGCUUGAGGCAUCCAUGCUUUGGAGAAAAAGGGUGACCGCACUAGCUUCUGAAUUCCCUGACAUUGAGCUCUCACACAUGUAUGUUGAUAAUGCCGCAAUGCAGCUUAUUAGGAAUCCUAAGCAGUUUGACACAAUUGUCACAAACAACAUUUUCGGCGACAUAUUAUCUGAUGAAGCAUCAAUGAUUACGGGAAGCAUUGGAAUGCUCCCAUCUGCCAGUGUUGGUGAAUCGGGACCUGGUCUUUUUGAACCUAUUCAUGGCUCUGCCCCUGAUAUUGCUGGGCAGGACAAAGCAAAUCCAUUAGCUACGAUUCUUAGUGCCGCUAUGCUGUUGCGUUAUGGCCUUGGAGAAGAAAAUGCCGCAAAGAGAAUUGAAGCAGCAGUUACAGAAACACUGAACAAUGGGUUUCGAACUGGGGACAUAUAUUCUCCUGUAAUGACAUUGGUUGGAUGCAAGCGGAUGGGUGAGGAAGUCUUGAAGACAGUGGAGUCGCAGAAGUCGGUGGCUGCUGGAAACUGAUACACAUUUUUACUUGAGCUAUGACCCUGCGAAAUGAGAUGAUCGAAAGAUUUUUAGAAUUUGAGCCUGCCGAAAGAGCGUAUUGCCUCUGGAUUGUUGAUUUCAUUGCCUGCCUAUUUACGGAAACUCUAGCUGCUGAAUUGAUAGGGCAAGCUCUUUUCCUUUUUGUUUUUUUGUUGGACUUCCUGUCACUUUAUUUUGUCCAUGACAUAUGGUGUAUCUAUUGAUUCUUUUCACCCAAUAAAAGGUGAUAGACCCCUUAAUGCCCUCUGAAUAAGAGGUUGGGCUUGUGGCACAUAA